AUGUGGGCAAGAGGCAUUCGCAUGCAUAAACUCCAAUUUUCCUCCAUGAAAGAGGUGGAACAGAUCCAAGCUUCUAUCAUCAAAGCUGGUCUCUAUCCUCAUUCCCCAAUCAUCUCCAAACUCAUCGCAUUUGCUUCUCUAUCACCGUCAGGCUGCCUCGCGCAUGCUCAGUCCAUCUUCCACGACACCACAAUGGAUAAUACAUUUUUGUGUAACGUUAUGAUUAGGGCCUACAGUAGAAGCGUUUUCCCAAUUAAAGCUUUUGAUAUUUACAAUCAUAUGCAAUACAUGAACAUUGAAUCUGAUCAUUUUACUUACAGCUUUGUGCUCAGGGCUUGCGCUAGAGUUCUAUGGUGCAUGCGGAGAGACGUCAAGUAUGGCGGGCUUGCUGUUCAUUACAAGAUAGCGGAGAUUCACUGCAGGGUUUUGAAGUUGGGAUUCGAUUCUGAUCAGUACAUUGGGAAUUCUUUUCUCCAUUUGUAUAACCAGUGUGGACUGUUGGAUGUUGCGCGUCGAGUAUUUGAUGAAAUGCCUGACCGAAAUGUGACUUCUUGGAACAUCAUGAUAUCGGCCUAUGAUCAGGUCAAUGAUUUUGAAACUGCUGAUUAUCUUCUCGACCUGAUGCCAAGGAAGAAUGUUGUUUCAUGGAACACGUUGAUACGUAGAUAUGUUAGGCUAGGUGAUAUGGAAGCUGCAACAGCAGUGUUCCAAGAGAUGGGUGUGAAAGAUUCGGUUUCUUGGAAUUCUAUGAUUGCCGGAUACAUUCAUGUCAGAGACUACAGUCGAGCUCAUGAGUUACAUCGUCAAAUGCAGGUUGCUGGAUUGGAUAUAACGGAUGUAACGCUUACUUCUAUUUUAGGCGCUUGUGCUGAAACUGGAGCAUUGCAGAUUGGUAGGGAAAUUCAUGAGUUCUUGAAACAGAGAGGGUUUAAUAUCGAAGGUUAUUUGGGGAUUGCACUUAUCGACAUGUAUGCAAAAUGUGGGAGCUUAAGUUGUGCUUGGGAGGUGUUUAAUGAAUUCAAGAUGAAGCCUGUUGGUUGUUGGAAUGCAAUGAUUGUAGGUUUAGCUGUUCAUGGUAACUCCAAGGAAGCUUUAGAAUUGUUUGCUUCCAUGGAAAAAAGGAUUGAUCAGGCUAGGCCUAAUAGGAUUACAUUCAUAGCGCACCAGAUCAUCAAAACUAUGCCGUUUGAUGCAAACUCCGUUUUAUGGAGAACAUUGUUGGGUGCUUGUAAGAUAUAUGGAAAUAUGGAGCUGGCAGAGGAAAGCUUCAAGCGGCUUACUGAGUUGGAACCUCUUACUGAUGGGGAUUUUAUUCUGCUAUCAAAUGUUUAUGCAGAAGCAGAGAGAUGGAAUGGUGUGGAAGCAGUCAGGAAUGAGAUGAUAGAUGUGAAAGUUCCAAAGAAACCUGGCUUUAGCCAGAUUUAA